AUGGCGCCCAUGGCCACCGCGACGGCGUUCGCGGCGCAGGUGCUGCGGGGGCGGUGGUUCAUGGCGUACGGCUCCUUCCUCAUCAUGUCGGCUGCCGGCGCCACCUACAUCUUCGCCGUCUACUCCAAGGACAUCAAGUCGACGCUGGGUUACACGCAGGAGCAGCUCAACACCGUCGGUUUCUUCAAGGACGUCGGCGCCAACGUCGGCAUCCACGCCGGCCUCAUCGCCGAGCUCACUCCACCAUGGUUAGUCCUGGCCCUCGGCGCCGCCAUGAACCUCGGCGGCUACCUCAUGCUCUACCUCUCCGUCACGGGCCGCGGUGGCGUCAGCCCGGCGGCCACGCCGCUCUUGCUCGUCUGCUUCUACAUCGCCGUCGGCGCCAACUCCCAGGCCUUCGCCAACACCGGCGCGCUCGUCACCUGCGUCAAGAACUUCCCGGAGAGCCGCGGCGUCAUGCUCGGGCUCCUCAAGGGCUUCGUCGGCCUCAGCGGCGCCAUCUUCACCCAGCUCUACCUUGCCUUCUACGGCCCCGGCGGCGGCGGCGACACCAGACCGCUCAUCCUCCUCGUGGGCUGGCUCCCGGCUGCCGUCUCCGUCGCCUUCCUCGCCACCAUCCGGAUCAUACGCGCGCCGCGCUCGCCGGCCGCGGCACGCCGGGAGUACGGCGCGUUCUGUGCCUUCCUCUACGUGUCGCUCGCGCUCGCCGCCUACCUUCUCGUCGCCAUCGUCCUGCAGAAGCGGUUCCAGUUCACACGGCCAGAGUACGCCGCCAGCGCCGCCGUCGUGUUCCUGAUGCUGCUGCUUCCGCUCGGAAUCGUCCUGCGUGAGGAGGCCACGCUGUUCAAGUCCAACAUCACCAACACAUCAGCUGAAGAGCAAGCGGCAACGACGCCGGCUCUGCCCGCGGUGGCCGCGGCGACGAAACGGCCACCUGCACCAGCGACGGGGUGUCAAAGGUUGCUGCUUUCGCUUCGUCCGCCGCCGCGCGGCGAGGACUACACGAUCCUGCAGGCGCUGGUGAGCGUGGACAUGCUGCUUCUGUUCACGGCGACGGUGUUCGGGGUGGGCGGCACGCUGACGGCGAUCGACAACAUGGGCCAGAUCGGCGAGUCUCUCGGUUACCCGCAGCGGAGCGUGGCCACCUUCGUCUCCCUCAUCAGCAUCUGGAACUACCUGGGCCGCGUCGCCGCCGGAUUCGCCUCGGAGGCGCUGCUGUCCCGGCGCCGCAUCCCACGGCCGCUCAUCCUCGCCGGUGUGCUCCUGCUCACCGUGCCGGGCCACCUACUGAUCGCUUUCGGCGUGCCGGGGUCGCUGUACGUGGCGUCGGUGGUGAUCGGGUUCUGCUUCGGCGCCGCGCAGCCGCUCAUCCUCGCCACCGUGUCGGAGCUGUUUGGGCUCAGGUACUACUCCACCAUGUACAACUUCUGCGGCACGGCCAGCCCCCUGGGGUCCUACGUUCUCAACGUCCGCGUCGCCGGCCGCAUGUACGACCGCGAGGCGGCGCGGCAGAACGCCCCGGCGGCGGCCGGGAAGGGGGUCACGUGCAUUGGCGUCCGGUGCUACAAAGAGUCCUUCUUGGUCAUCACGGCGGUCACCGUGGCCGCGGCGGUGGUGACGCUGGCGCUCGCAUGGAGGACUCGGGAGUUCUACGCGGGAGACAUCUACGCCAAGUUUAAGACGGAAACAGCUUGUAGUUGUAGCAGUGGUGAUGAUGGUGGUAAUGCUGCCAUUGCUGGUGAAGACAAGGUCCGAGUACAAGUAGAACCCAAGGAAUAA